AUGGUCUCCACUGGCAGAAAGCGCAGAAUCAAAUGUGAAGGGGCGAAGGCUCGCAGGCUCUGUACCAGACCUAAAACCGAUAUCGCAUUUUGCCACAAGACUGGCGUGGAGUACGCAAGAAAGAAAGGGCAGAAAACCACAAUAGUGACCUCGCCCAAGCCAACCACAACACAGGACGUCAUUUCAUCACCAGAUAAGGCGCUUGCGUCAUCUCGCAGAGUUUCGAAGGCCUGUACGGGUUGCAGAAAGUUCCGAGUCAAGUGUGAAAAUUCGAGGCCCUGUCAGCAGUGCAUCAAGUCUGGGAGAAAAUGUACCGCACCCGAGGAAAGGACUGUUACUCGAUACGGAUAUUCGGAAUCUUCCGGCAGAAAAUUCGCAAAGGAUGAACCCCUGAAUGCUAUAUCACAGGAUGAGAAAGUUGCCUCAUAUUCGACACCGAAGGCAGGAUCCUUGCAGCUGCGCUCCCCGGACCUUCCCCAGAUGCCUCUGCAGGAAAGGGCAAUCGCUUACUUUUUGUAUCAUUAUGAUCUUGAAUCGCCUAGCCAGAACAAAAUUGGCGGUAUGGGUUUUGUUAUCCUACCGAACAGCGACAAGGAAUGGGAGCAUUACCGACUGGCAUUUGAAGCUUGCGCUAUGGCGUCGUUCAUCAAUGAGACGGGCGGUCAGCUUGAAUACAAAAGCUUGACUAUUGAGACAUACAAUAAAGCGCUGACGGCGAUGCAUAGCGCACUUCAAGAUCCAGAUGUCGUUUGUGAGGAUGCAACCUUGGCUGCAGUUUUACUUCUAGCGCUGUUCGAAUGCUUAAAUCCUACGACUGGGGAGCAAGAAAGCUGGCGCAAUCACGUACAGGGUGCUAUUGAGUUGGCCCGAGGACGCGGUCGCAAACAGAUUGACACCCGAAUUGGACAAAUGCUAUUCAGGGCAACCCGCACUUUAAUGGUAAUAUAUAGUCUCGCAACACUAGAAGACAAAAAGGAGAAAGAGCUCUGGUGGUCCGGAGACGAUGAAUGCACUUCGACCCAAAAGCUUUGCGUUGGAGUGGCUUCGCUUAGCGCGAAGGCUACGGCCCUUCUUGGUCCGUCCGGACAUGAAGAGGAAGUCGAAGUCGAAGUCAUGCUUAAGCGGUGUCAAGCUCAUGAUCGAACUUGCAAAGCCAGGUGGGACGAGUUGUCAAAGAGUACACAGGGCAUUAGCUCUAACAAUACGGACCCCUGGCUGCUGAUGCUUCUGAAUAUGCUGACAUGUGCACGAAUCCUCCUGAACUCAAUCAUUAUGAGAUGCGCGACCUGGACUUACAAGGUCCCCAAUUAUCAAACCUCUGAAGAGUAUGAUGGCGCCUGUUCUGCUCUGGCGGAAAUUAUUCUUCACAGCGCCAAGGUCAACGAACAGCAACUCUGCUGGGCCGGAGAAGCGCAGUCGUCGUUUGCAGAACUCGACGUUCAAUUACAGCCUGACCGGGAUUCGAGCGGAUGCGCCAUCAACAAGUGGAUAGAAGAUAAUAGGGACCUCAGGAAAGAGAAGCCAUUGGUAGGGUUACAACCGUUAGCCCUUAUCUGGUCUUUAAAAUGCCUCACCGAUGACCAGAUAAUCGCCGUCGACACCCGAUUACAACGCAUCCUGGGAAUCCGUGGGGCCUUACCACUUCAUGACCAUAGGGCUAGUAUGCCGUCAUAUCGGUUCACGGUGGAGACGCCAUGCUCGUCACCCUACACUAGUGAGGUUUGCUGCACAACGGAUCCUCGCAAGCCUGGCGUGCGAGAUUCUGCCCCACAUCCCAAACGUACCAAGUACACGGAGGAGGAUAGAGAUGCUCUUCUUGAUCUUUACGAGAAGGGUACCACUUGGCAGGUAUUACAAGACCGCUUUCCCGGUCACACUUUACGUUCGUUGAAAAGCCAGGUAAGGGUACUGAGAGAAUCUAAAUUCUUGUUCACUGACGACGAAGAUCGGACUCUUAUUCGACUAAGGGAAGAAGAGUGUUUGGAAUUUGGAGUCAUUGCCCAACAAUUACACCACAGGCCAGUCGCGGUGUCGAGGCGGUACAAGCAAUUGCGUCCUGGCAGUGUAAUAAAUAGCAGGCCCGUGGACAUAGAUAUCAAGCGGCUUGUUGACUUAAGGAAUCAAGGGCACUACUGGACCGACAUUCAAGACACCUUUCGCGGUUGCUCUAAAAAGAGGCUUCGAAAGUUGUACUCUGAGUACAAGUCUCACUCCUUGGCUGCCAGCCUUAAGGAGAUUAAGGUUCAUCCUCAGAAUGGGAUGUGA